AUGGCAGCGGUUCCGGGUCCAGACACGCACGUGCACCGCAAGAUCAAGAAACGAAAGUAUUCCCGCAAAGGCUGUGUGGAGUGUAAGCGCCGCAGAAUCAAGUGUGAUGAGACUGAGUUGGCCUGUUACAACUGCUCGCGGCUCAAGAAGAUAUGCGUGUAUCCCGCCGGCACGGAGCCACGGGAUCACGCUGAAAAUAUCAGUUCGGGCGCUCCAGGAAACAGCGUGGGAAGAAAAGAAGCUCCGCUUACGGUAAAAUUUUACCGGCCGAAAAAGGCUGGAACAACGGACUUGCAUAGCACCAAGAGCAGCUGGCUCGGAAGGACUCCGAACAUUCACAGUACCCAGAACAACCACAGUACUCAGAACUCACAGAGCACGCAGAACUCACAGAGAAUGCAGAACUCACAGAGAAUGCAGAACUCACAGAGCACGCAGAACACACAGAGCAUCCAAAUCACACAGAGCAUCCAAAUCACACAGAACAUCCAGAUCACACAGACCACACUUUGCCCCACGCUCGACACACAACUUGGUCUCGCAAACCCGGCGUCUUCAUCAGACCAGCACGACCUCAACAUCGACGACUUCCCCCUCAACCGGGACUUGCUCGAAAGCUCGUUGUCGCCCCACACCCACCAUAAACACCUAUCACUUCCGACGUCCGUGCUCGUCGAACAGUGCGUGCGUGAAAACAGGCUCCGCGAGCCGCACGUGUCCUAUCUCCGCGUGCUCACCACCACCGACUUGUCGUUCCACCUUUUCCCCUUCGCCGCGCUGGCCGAGGCGAACGGCGUGGCCCGGUUGCUCCUCUCGGCACUGGUGAAAUGCACGUACUUGCUCACGUCCUUGCUCGCCAUCGCCGCCACCUUGCAGUUCAUCCGCACCAAUGACAAGCGGCACGACCGGGCGCUGCACUUCUACACGCGUGUGUGUUUCAAGGCGCUCACCAACGCGUUCACCAGCCACCAGUUCCUCCACAACUCGGCCGUGUUUGCCGGCAGCGUCGAGCGGCUUCUUCUUACCGUGUUGAUCAUGAGCACGCGCUUCACGGCCGCCUCCACGCUCCUCGACGCCCACGCGCCCAGUUCUUGGAAAGACCACUUGCGGGGCGCCCGCGAUUUGCUCGUGCGAUACUCUGAAAUGUCCCGGCUGUCGCAGGAACGCCACGCGCCGUACAUGUCGCCCGGGCUAGCGCUCGCCAAGUGCUGGUUUUUCGCCAUCGAGACCUCUGCGGCUAUGCACACCGCAGUGGGCGGGGCCUUGAGCAGGGCCGCCGGCUGGGACGGGCUGGACGCCCUGCAGCUAAUGCUGGACGUGUAUCUGUGCGGUCCGGACGUGGAUCCCGAAAAGGGGUACCACCUCCUUGUGGACACCGGGCGCAUUGAUCCGCACGCGAACCGCGAGUACCACCGGGCGUUGCAGCGUGUGGGCUUGGUGUGCACCACCGCCGGCGGCGCCGUGUUCAGCCUGUACUGGGGCUUCAACGCCAGCUUCUUGCGGCCCUUGGUGGCGUUCGUGUCCGUCACGGAUGCCGUGAAAGCCCGGGCGCUCGUGCACGUGCCCUUCCGCUGGACCAUGCAUCUCUUGGGGCUCGUGGACGCGCUGCUCCAGGAGCGCGUUGUGCCCGAGGUUUGUCUCCGCACGUUCGAGAUUCCCCGUUCGAGUCCGGGCCACCCGGAAUACACUGGCGAGAACCCGGCAAGGCUCCUUGAAAGCUGCUAUAUUAGCAAGCCACAGGGGCACGGCUCACCCCGUGUGUUCUCGUGGUUCGACGCGUCUCACCAGUACCAUGGGGACUACUUGUCGUUGCGGAUCAUGGUGUCGCCAAGCUUCCUCGGGCUACCCCGGAGCCACCCGGACGUGCAACACAUCAUCCGCAAGUUCUUUGACGGAGCGUUCUUCAUCCAGAGCAAGGCGGCCGCACAAUACGAACACGACAGGCAUCUUGUUCUCGCCGAAAGCACGCACUACUACUUGAGCAGCCGCUUGUUCGACAUCCGCUGCGUCAUGGUGCAUUCGAUGUUCCGGUUGGUCUCGGCCGUGGUGGUUGAUGAGAACCACUUCGAGCAAAUCGAGCUUUAUUUCCUCGGGCUCUUGAAGUUGGGCAACGGAAGCUCGCUCAAGUCAUUGGACAUGGUGGCUAGUAUCAAGCUGUUCCGCAAUGCGAACCGGAAGGCGCUUCAGGGCGAGCUUGACGAGCGAGUCUACGACUUCUGCGGCAGCACGAGCGACAUUCCUUUUUGCUAG